GAGAGAGAUCCAGACCAAAGUUUACUAAGUUGUAGUGAUUGGAAUCCUUCUUGGUGAAUAAUGCUGGGCCACGCUGAAGAUUUGUGGCUGAGAGCUGGACCCUCGUCAUCACCACGUACUUGUCAAUAAGACAAGGUAACCCAUGGUAACUGAGCUCGGAGCAGUAGGGACAGACAGCCUCCGCUCCCCACUGCUCUAUAAAAGAGACCCAGCAAGGGGACCCUAACAGCUUCCAGCCCUCAGCCUGAGCAAAGGUGUGGAAAGGGACGCCCAAGACCUCCGGAGCAGAGCACACCAGCUGCAGAGGCGAGGCCAGCAUGGCACCUAACUUCAAACUUCAGUGUCACUUCAUUCUCCUCUUCCUGGUGGCGCUCAGAGGCGAGACCCGGCACCUAGAGCUGAGGGAAGCGGCGGACUACGACCCUUUCCCGCUCUUCAGCGCCCACCUGAAGCGGGAGCUGGCAGGGGAGCAGCCGUACCGCCGCGCGCUGCGAUGCCUGGACAUGCUGAGCCUCCAGGGCCAGUUCACCUUCACCGCCGACCGGCCGCAGCUGCACUGCGCCGCCUUCUUCAUUGGCGAGCCCGAGGAGUUCAUCACCAUCCACUACGACCUGGUCUCCAUCGACUGUCAGGGCGGAGACUUCCUGAAGGUAUUUGAUGGUUGGAUUCUCAAGGGGGAGAAGUUCCCCAGUUCCCAGGAUCAUCCUCUCCCCACGGCUGAGCGGUACAUAGAUUUCUGCGAGAGUGGCCUUAGCAGAAGGAGUAUCAGAGCCUCCCAGAAUGUGGCCAUGCUCUUCUUCCGGAUCCAUGAACCCGGAAAUGGAUUCACAUUAACCAUAAAGACAGAUCCUAACCUCUUUCCCUGCAAUGCCAUCUCUCAAACCCCAAAUGGGAAGUUCACUUUGGUAGUUCCACAUCAACAUCGCAACUGCAGCUUCUCCAUCAUUUAUCCUGUGGUAAUCAAAAUAUCUGAUCUCACCCUGGGACACCUAAAUGGUCUUCAGUUGAAGAAACCCUCAGCAGGUUGUGGGGGGGUAGGAGACUUCGUGGAGCUGCUGGGAGGUGCUGGAUUGGACCCUUCCAAAAUGAUGCCUUUAGCUGAUCUCUGCUACCCCUUUCAUGGCCCCGCCCAAAUGAAAAUUGGCUGUGACAACACUGUUGUGCGCGUGGUCUCCAGUGGGAAACACAUAAAUCGUGUGACUUUUGAGUAUCGACAGCUGGAACCAUACGAAUUGGAAAGCCCAAAUGGAAACAGUAUCCAGGAAUUCUGUCUGUCCAGUUUUUGAGUAACUAACCCAAUGACUGACAUGCUGUUAAGUGAGUUUGUAAUGGCUGUUGUACAUGGUUUUGACGCCCAGCUACUUAAAAACUUUUCAUACUAGUCAGUAUUCUCAGCCUCCGGCCCCCACACAUAAUUUUUGUGCUUUGCUUCUUUGUUUGUGAUAUAUAAGUGAACACGUGGCAGAAUAAGCCCCUCUUUGGCAGAAAAUAAUUUUUAAUGGAAAUCUUUGUACUUCUUUGGUGUAUCACAAACCUGAAACUGGUGAGAGAAGUGCAGAGCAAUGUGCAAUAAAAAAUUGUAUCUCAAGGGAAGAAAAAUGGUGGUACUUGUAUAGGCUUAAUAACAGAAAAUUUAGUCUUGUGUCCAGUAAGGUAGUUGCACCUGUUUAGUUAUAUUCUGUUUAUUAUUCUGUUUAUAAUAGAUAUAUAGCUAUUAUUUAUUAAUUUGUACCAACUUGUUUCUAACAAAACUCUAUAGCAUGGAAAACAUUUUCCAUCCACAAAUACAGAUAUGAAUAAAUAUAUUCAAAAGUUGGCGCCUUGAUAAUUGUGCUUGAAUUUCUUUCCAGAGUAGUCCCCUACAUUGUUACCCGCAGAAAACAAUGUUCUUGUGUGGUACAGAACCAAAAGCUGAGGUCAAUCACUUUGGGCUUCUUAGGGCUGGUAGAACUCUGGAUCAUUGAAGUAGAAUUAGUUAGAGCUGAGGUAGGAUUGCAGGGUUUGCAGAAGCAAA